GCCUGUUUCGCCGCCCGCUCGUGCGCCGUCUGCCACGGUGUGCCGCCGGCGUCCCUGGAGACCCAGCAGUGCGAGAUGUGCGACAACCUCGCUCUGUGGUGUCCUGAGUGCACAACACCAGAGCAGCGGGCGGCGGGCCUGUGUAAAACACAUUGGGAUUCCCCCGAGUGCGCAUUCUGUUACAGGACCGAGGACCCCGCCACCAAGGAACCGCUGCAGGUGUCCAUGAUCGAAUGCGGAACAGAGAGCUGCUCCAAAGUCGUGAGGAGCUGCUCUGUGUGCUCGUCGCAUUUCAAGAAGAGCGCGGCGCUGUGCGACGUGUGCUGGAAGGCAGCUGGCUCCAAGUGCAUCGGAUGCCGUGUCAAACCAGCCCGGAACGACAGGGUAUAUCAGCACUUUUGCAAGAAAUGCUUCGGGGAGGAGAGGCUCGCAGACCUCGUCCGUGACGAGAGCAGGAAGUUCCUCGCCGACGAGCCGCGACCGCAGAGGCUCGACGACGACGUCGCCCGAUCCGCACCCGCUUUGCAGGUACUCCUCGCUCUGGCAAAGCCCGAGCCCGGGUCCUUGCCGAAGUACGCGGAGACGCCCGAGUACCUGGACCCGAACCAUUGCCGCUUCUGCAAGCAACCGUGGGGCGGCUCCGACGACGACGACAAGCGACGGCACCUGCUCGAGGAGUGCAGGCAUGAUCUCCAUCAACGAGACGGCGAAGACAUUCUCCAGACGUACCGGAGGACAGUGCUGGAACGGGCGCGCGCAGAGGGCCUGGACGCGGUCAGUCCGCAGGUGGGCAGGUUUUGUGUGGCGCAGUACAAGAAUGCGCAGACGGACGAACGAUACGUCCAUGAUGCCUGUGCCGUCUGCUGUCGAAAGACGCCCAAGUGCGACUUGAAUCGAGUUCACAUCCCAUCGUCGAGCAGCGACAAGUGCCCGUUGUGGUUAUCGUGGUCCGAAGAGUUCUGGAAUGAAAACAAGGAGACGUGGUACGAGCAGGUCGACAAGCUCCUCAGCAUUGAACAGUACUUGAAAAAGUUCUUCAAGGUGUCUGAGCGAGCCCAGGAAGCGCGAGAGAGCGUGGAGGCGUGCAGCCGCGGGGAGCCGCACGAGCUCGGGUUCACGAAGGUGGAGGACGCAAAGAACUGGGUCGACCGCGUGCGCCGUUGGGAAGACAAUCUGAGGAGAGACAUGCGGGAGCACUCCGUUGUCUCUCCAGGUGAUCCGAAUCAUCGGUGGGUAUUGUACAAGUCCGCAGUAUGCACGGAUGCGCCCGAGGGCAGCGGCGGAGAUCUUCGCGUGAGCAUGUGCAAGGAGUGCGCCGAAGCAUUGUCGAACACGCACACAGACAGCCGCGGGCGGUGCCGCCCGCGCGUACGCAUGCCCAGCGAGGCUCUCGCGAAUGGCAUGUGGCGUGGUCCUGACCCGGAAGAGCUGACGAACUUAACGUACACCGAGUGCAAGGUGAUCAACCUGGCGAGGGUGUACGUCAGCGUGAAGCGCGUGUUGUUGGACAGGGCGUCUUUCGCCAGGACGAGUGCCGACGAGGCGCCGCGCUAUCGCCAGAAGAACGUUGUUGCGUACCCGCAGAGCCCGGACGCGGCUCUGACUGCCAUCGGACUGUCGCCGAUGGCCCUGGCGCACACUCUGAUCGUCCAGUUCGUGGGAAGCCGCGCUGACGGUAUCUGGCAUCAUCCUGACUUGCAAGUUUCCGCGGUGCGACUUCGAGCAGCAUUUCGUUGGUUGUGCUCCAACAGCUGGAACCACAUGGAAGCCACGCGACACCAUGCCGCAUGUGCGGAUUCUGGCUUACUCCACGAGUCGAUCGAGGAGUUGCUGGACGCGUACGCGACGAGCGUUGGUGGAUCCUCGGGCGUUCCGCGCGAGCUCGUCGACUCGGCGACGUCGAUCAGCGGCUCAAGAGCUUCGGUGCAGUCUAAAGGACCAGCUGACUGCACGGAAGAAGGUGAACGCGACACGGAGGAGAACGGGCCCGAAGAGGCGGAGAACGCCGCCGUCGUUAACGGCGGUUUAGCAGACGUCGACUCCCUGCAGCUGUGGACACAGGUCAUCAAAAACUUUAAGGCGGCACAGCGGUUUAAAGAGGAAUUGGCCGCUCUAGACCCCGCCGACUUAUCUGCUCGCGCCGAGAAGAAGAGAAUGCACGGUGUGAGCAUGGCCCAG